AGCUGAAGUCUCACACGUUCCUGACAUGUUCCUGACGUGUUCCUGGCGUGUUCCUGGCGUGUUCCUGGCGUGUUCUGGAGGUUCUGUAUGUGAGAACAAAUGUCUGAGUCAGGGUCACUGGACUUUUCCUGCAGCCCACUAGUAAAAUGUCUGGAAAAUGAUUUUAUUCCAUUUAAAUUGUUCAUGAACAUUUGAAUAUGCUGGACUUUUAAAUGAGCAGUUUUGUAUUUGAACACAACAUACAUGAUGUCUCCUCGACGAGCAGAGAAAUAAAAUCCCUUUAACCAGAAUAAACCUGAGGACAUAUCUUAUUCUGAAAAGUAACGUUGGACGCAGCCCCGCCGAGCUUCCGCUUUUAUUUUGACAACAGGAAGCGUGCUUCCCCCCAGCUUGACACUGGUCCCCGCUCAGCAUCCACAGGCCGAGACAAGCGACUCAACCCGGGACGAUGGACGACGUUCCCCCGCUCAUCCACCUCGCCAUCUCCCUGAAGAUCCAGCCCAACGACGGAGCCGUGUUCUUCAAGGUGGACGGAACCCGCUUCGGUCAGAACCGAACCAUCAAACUGCUCACGGGCUCCAAGUACAAGAUCCAGGUGGAGCUGAAGCCCGGAACCGUCGAGGCCACCAACAUGAACAUUGGAGGCAUCGUCUUCCCUCUAGAGCAGCAGUCGAGGGACGAGGACUCGGUGGUUUAUCACGGCAAGUACGACACGGAGGGCGUCCCGCACACUAAGAGCGGAGACCGGCAGCCUGUCCAAGUCAGUAUCGAGUUCAACAAGGCGGGGGCAUUCGAGACAGUCUGGCAGGCAAAGUACUACAACUACUACAAGAGGGAGCACUGCCAGUUCGGCAACAAGUUCAGCAACAUCGAGUACGAGUGCAAGCCCAACGAGACACGGACCCUAAUGUGGAUCAACAAGGAGACGUUCAACUGAGUCCGCUCCUCCUGUCCUCACAGCGAGCACCAACCGCAGGACGUCGGUCGGACCAGCGCUUGGUUUGAACAUCAGCAUCACAGUAAAAGGACAACUCUGGUAUCUGUUUUGUUUUAUGAUAAAUGGGAGAAAAUAUCUGUAGCAGCUGUCUGAUGUUUUCAAAAUGUUUUUACUUCAAAGCUGCAUUUAGCAACUUUGCUUAGUGGCAGCUUCACAGCUAAAUGAGAACAGUUUGAAAACCAUCAGUUAUACUCAAAAAGUCAAAGUCGGGUGCACCCAGGAAACCAAAGGGACAGAAAAGGGAAAAGAUCAAUGGCUUAAUAAUGCAAUUCUCUCAGAAGGAGGUGCUCAUGUCCUUUACCUUUAAAUCUGUCUCCACAUCCCAAUGAUCAACCAUCUUAAGUUUAGUCAUAGUUUUAUUAUGUCGGUACAAGAACCACGAAAAGCUCCACAUCGGACAGAAAACCAUACAUUUUGUCAAAUGAGCUUGUCAGCCAUCUUCAGAAAUCUUUGAAUUACAUUUCAAGUCUGUGUCCAGCACCGAAACAGGAGGAGUUAAGUUUAGUUCCGCUCCAUAACUGGAGUCAGGGGAAUCAGUCAUUGUAUCAGGAUGCUAACAACACCAUCACAAUAAUAAUCCACUAUCUGAGCUGCAGAAACUCAUUCAAACAUCAGGUGUGAAAGGUUCUGCUACCGCUACAGUCUACAGAACCAGAACCUAACUGCUGCGAACCACAAUGCCACCGCUUUACAUGUCAAAUUCAGAUGUAGUCCGUUAAUCACACUUGUACUUUGUUCAUUUUUGAUUGAGCUAAAUGGGCAAAUAGUUUUCCCCUGCUUCCAGUGUUGGUGCUAAGCUAGGCUAACCACUAUUGCUGUGUUGGAUAACAAGACUUGAUCUUCAGUCUAACAGAAUAAAUGAGUGUAAUCCUCCAAAUGACCCAGUUUCUCCUUUAGUGAAAAAGAAUCGUGAGAACUACCCCUCUAUAACUAAACUUAACACAACGCACGUCGGGAGGGACUGAGCAUAGCUAGCAUGGUGUUAGCUGAAGGAUAUACGACACGUAUUUAACUUUAUUUAUUAACUGUGUCUGUGAGAGUUUGAGAGACGCUGUGUCAGUGUGUACAUAAUCCUACUGGAUAGAUUUUCUUUUUAUUCAAUGGAACAAAACACUAAACGCAGUUUGAGUUUUAUCCUCCUUUGAAUAUUUAGCUUCAUGUUUCUUCGAUAAUCUCAGAUUCAAAACAACACAAUUUAUCACACUUUAGCUCCGAUUAGACAACAGCUAAUGUUAGCAUUCAACUACUUCUUGGCUAACAUUAAAAUUCAACCAACAUUGCUGUUCAACACUGUCACAUGAUACGAUAACAAAAGAGUUUUCAUUUUAUCGACGCACCUCUUGGACACAUUUAUUAAAAAAUGUACUAGAAUUAAAUGUGUGGGCUAAAUGCUAAAUGCUAAAGCAUCUUGUUACAUAACGUUUCUGAAGCCGAGGGAAAAGACACAAGGGCAUUUGACUUAGUUUAAAAACAUUAUGUUCAAACAGUUUACAGCAACACAACAGUUUUUUCUACUUUAGCAUCGGAUUCGGCAUUUAUAUUACAAUCUUGAGUUCAGUUAGCUAGGAAGUGGUUGAUUGCUAACGUUAGCUAGGAAGUGGUUUAAUGCUGACGUUAGCUAUGAAGUUAGUUGAAUGCUAACGUUAGCUUGUGCUUGAAUGAAUGUGUAGCUGAUGCUUCAUUUCACUUUGUUACGUUUGUGCUGUAACUGCUUUUGUGUUUGUUGGUUUUAUUUUGACGUGUAUGACUGGAUUCAUUUUGCCAAAUGGUCAGUGUGUUUGUGUUACGACGUCUCAGUGCUUGAACUUUGCGGUUUUGUUAUGUUAUUGAAGUGUAACGUGUCUCGGUGAAUAAACCAGUAAAC